CAAAUUUCGAAAAGAAAAGGGUGAAAAAGCCGGGCGAGCGACGGCAGCGGUAACGGCGGCGGAUUUCUUGUAGCAGAGCAAAACAAUUUUCAACGCGCUCAACAACACACCACGACUACGAACAACUCCGACGACGACCGCUACUAGCUUUCCGCCACUGUAGCUGACCGAGAACUUCUCUUCAUCCUCUCUUUCCUCCGAAGGUAUAAUCUCUCUCUUUCACGCUCGCCGGCGGCCUCUCAUCUGUACGGAAGGUUGAAGGGAACGGUGGCGUUCAAGGGUUAUGAGAUCUGAUUGUUGAGAGGAACUGGUUAUCUUUCAGGCAUUAUGCAUGUCUGAUCCAGUGGCCACCGUGGUUGAUGUGGCAAGAGGACUGAAUUUGGCUGACAGAACAAAAUCUAUUGAUGCAAUAUCCAUCAGAGACUUCUCAUCUCUAUCUGUCAACGGGGAAGAACUCCACAGUUUCUCCGAGAGCGCCUCGUUCAGAAUCGGUGAGCUGUUCCUCACCAAUGGGGAAUCGUAUUUCGGUUCACUGCUGGGAAAUGUACCGGAGGGUAAGGGCAAGUAUGUAUGGUCAGAUGGCUGUAUCUAUGAAGGCGAAUGGAGACGUGGGAUAAGGAGUGGGGUUGGGAAAAUCCAGUGGCCUUCCGGAGCAGCCUAUGAAGGUGAAUUCUCAGGUGGUUAUAUGCAUGGUGCUGGUAGCUACAUUGGUGCAAAUAACAUUACAUACCGAGGGAGAUGGCGGUUGAAUGUCAAACAUGGGUUGGGCUAUCAAGUUUAUCCUAAUGGAGAUGUCUUCGAAGGUUCUUGGCUACAAGGAACGCCAGAAGGACCUGGGAAGUACAGCUGGGCUAAUGGAAAUGUCUAUAUGGGGUUCAUGAAAGGAGGGAAGAUGACAGGGAAAGGGACUUUCACUUGGGUGAAUGGGGAUUCGUUUGAAGGAAGCUGGGUAAAUGGUAUGAUGCAUGGAUUUGGAGUGUAUACGUGGGAUGAUGGUGGUUGCUAUGUUGGUACUUGGAGUCAUGGUGUGAAGGAUGGGAAAGGAUCGUUUUACCCCAGUGGCAGUCGGUUUCCUUCAGUACAAGAACGAUACCUCAAUGCACUUAGGAAAAGAGGGCUGCUGCCUGAUAUGAGAAAGCAGAACCAAGCACAUAUACAUCAUGCUUCUUCAGUGGACAUAGGGACUAUGAAGGUUGGUAGAGAUCAAAGGUCCCAUCGUGAUUCGUCUGGUAAUUUAUCCAAGGGAAGCUUGAUGAGCUUGCAGCAGCAAUCUCAUAACAAAAAUGUGUCGUUAGAAAGACGGUGGAGUCUCGAGGUAUCGAUUGAAAAGGUGAUUGGACAUGAUUCAUCUCUCGAGUCAUCAGAAUUUGAUGGAGCUGGCCUCCCACCGAUCCUCGAAAGAGAAUAUAUGCAAGGUGUUCUGAUUAGUGAGAUUGUACUGAAUGAUAACUUUUCAUCAAUGUCCAGAAGGGCAAAGCGAAGGCAAAAGAAGAUUGUUAGGGAGAUCAAGCGGCCUGGUGAAACUAUACUUAAAGGGCACCGUAGUUAUGAUUUGAUGCUCAGUUUGCAGCUUGGUAUCAGGUAUACAGUAGGGAAGAUUACGCCUGUACACAAACGAGAAGUCCGCGCAUCGGAUUUUGGUCCAAGGGCGAGUUUUUGGAUGCAGUUCCCCAAGGAUGGAUCUCAGUUGACACCUCCACAUCAUUCAGAGGAUUUCAAGUGGAAGGACUACUGCCCUAUGGUUUUUAGGAAUCUGAGGGAGAUGUUCAAGAUCGAUGCUGCUGAUUACAUGAUGUCUAUAUGUGGCAAUGAUGGUCUUAGGGAACUCUCUUCUCCGGGGAAAAGUGGGAGCAUUUUCUUCUUGUCUCAUGAUGACCGCUUCAUGAUUAAGACACUCAGGAAGUCUGAAGUCAAGGUGCUUCUGAAAAUGCUUCCUGAUUACCAUCAUCACGUGAGAACAUAUGAAAACACGCUCAUAACAAAGUUCUUUGGGCUUCAUAGGAUCAAACCUUCAAGUGGUCAGAAGUUUCGUUUCGUGGUUAUGGGAAACAUGUUUUGCACGGAAUUGAGGAUCCAUCGGAGGUUUGAUCUGAAAGGUUCCUCACUAGGGCGAUCCACCGAGAAAAUAGAAAUCGAUGAGAACACUACUCUCAAGGAUUUGGAUCUGAACUACAGCUUCUAUUUGGAACCUACCUGGCGAGAAUCUCUACUAAAGCAGAUAGAGACAGAUAGCAAAUUUUUGGAAGCACAGCACAUCAUGGAUUAUAGCCUUCUAUUAGGUGUGCAUUAUAGAGCACCGCAGCACCUUCGACCCUUCACGUCACUACGGAAGAACGAAGGAUUAGGAGUUUUGGACGAGGAAGAUACCAUCGAUGAUGAAACAUACCCACAAGGUCUAGUCCUCAUCCCUCGAGGAGAAGACGAUGGCAGCGUCGUUGUUGGUCCUCACAUCAGAGGCAGCCGACUGAGAGCCUCGUCUGCAGGUGAUGAGGAAGUUGACCUCCUCCUUCCUGGCACUGCAAGGCUUCAGAUCCAGCUUGGGGUGAACUUGCCAGCGAGAGCGGAGCAGACUACAAAAGAUGAAGCAGGGGAAAAGAAGUUCAAUGGAACUUACGACGUUGUUCUUUACCUCGGCAUAAUCGACAUUCUCCAGGAGUACAACAUCAGUAAGAAGAUUGAGCACGCCUACAAAUCUUUCCAGUUCGAUUCGUUGUCUAUCUCAGCCGUGGAUCCCACAUUCUACUCCAGGCGCUUCCUGGAGUUCAUACAAAAGGCAUUUCCUCCAAAUGCUGUCGCCCUCUAAGAAGCCAUUCCAUUCCCUCCAUCUUCCUUCCUUUCUUUCCCAGAAUUUUGUUUUUGGGUCGAACUGAUUGGCUCAUUAGCGACCACUACGAAUCAUAAUCGUACAAUGAGUCACAAUUGUUUAGACUUGUACAUUCCGAGCUUUGUACAAAAUGACUGAUCGAGCCCUAUAUAUAUAUGCAUAAUUUUAUCCAACACCUCACUCCUGCUGUUAGAAAUAGAGGUGAUCAUUGACAAUGAUCAAUGGCAUAGAUACAACAGCCUCUAGGUAAAAAGUUUAAACCGCAAAUCGCAACAUUCAGACAUGAUUGACUUAACAGCUUUGAGGUAAAUUGUUUAACCAUGAAUUUACCAGCAACCAAAACAUGGGGUUUGUUCUGAAAAGAACCAAAGCAGAACAAAACUCUGACACUUCGCUUAAGCUAAGCAGUACAAAUGCUUUGUUAUCCUAUGAUACAAAGUUAACCCAUAUUGGGUGGAGGUGGAGGAGGUGGAUGGGCACCUUGCCCUGGGAAACCCUGAGGCAUCGGAGGUCUGCCCAUCUGAGAAACAUGACUGAAGUUUGGCAUACCACUGCCGCCUGGUGGUGGAGGAGGAGCUGGCGGAGCUUCCCCUGGAGGCAUGGGUCUAGGACCGUUCCCCAUAAGGGGCGGUGGUGGAGGCGGUCUUGCUCCAUCGGCAGGAGGUGGGGGAGGUGGUAGACCCUGCGGUGGUGGCGGUGGGAGAGUCCUUGGAGGGACACCAGGUGCCGAAGUGCCAUUGGCUGUUGGCGCCCCUGCAGCUGGAGGUUUGUUGGUCUCCGGUGGCUUCGUCUUAAAGUAUAACUGUAACUUGAACAUCUUGGAGUCGGGAUCCCAAUGCGAGAAGAACUUGGGAGUUGACUUGUCUAUCUCUGUGCUGGGGACCUUGAAUGCAACGAUCUCAUAUGGUUCUGCUGCGAACAGAAGAUACUGGUAGCUCUUGUCAUAGGAUUGGACUUUCUGCUCAUAUGAUGACAUAAACCUGUGCCUUGGCUUUGUGUUGUCUUCAAUUUCAGGAUACUCAAUCUGAAAAAGAAGAGAUCUCUGCUUAGUCUCAGGAUCAUACUGCUUGGUCACACGGUACCCAGGUCUGCCGAUUUUCACUGCAAAAGGGCACCAAUAACAUGAAUCUGUCAACUACAACACCAUAUGCAUUUAACACCGUAAAUUCCACAAGAAGUUCAAUUCCUACUAACUAAAAAUGUAUUCCCCCAACCAGCAUCAAUAACAUUCCGCCGGUUAUUCGAGUUUAAUCAUUGAAACCAAGUCUCAAGCUCAAUUCUGCAUUCUAACUUUCACUGCCUACCAUUCUUCUGCCCACUACAGAAACCAGGUCGCCAAUAUCCAUCCUUUCUGCUGCACUCUAAUCAAAGCUAAUCAACUGAAUCCUGCUCCCAGUAGUAACCAUUCCACACUAGCUAUCAACAAACAAGCAACUCCACUGACUCAGAAUCCAACAAAUCCCUAAUUCUCAAAACCCUAAUUCAAAUGAAGAAUCAAGGGGAAAAGCAUAUAAUUUUCAUAAAG